AUGCCAGCCAAACCCAAGAUCAGCUCCAAGGCCAAGGAAGCUGAGAGCAAGAACAAACAAGCACAGUCUCCUACUGCCCAGGCUCAGGAGCCCCCAAAGACGAUCAACGAACGCUCCACUCAACGUUAUUACCAGACGAAUCCGCACCAGCGGAAACGAGAGGCAGCCGGUGGCCUGCACAACCUUACACUUGCCGAACGACAGUCGUGGGUCAACGCAACUCUGGUGCGCCACGUAGCGAACAAGGAGAUCUACCUCACCAACAAGGCCGAGCGCGAGUUCUGGAAGCAGGUUAACCGUGAGAGCCCGCCGAUCCGCCGCCUCGACAGGCGCAAGACCGAAAAGGGUGCCGCCGUCGUCUACGACUGGGGCAACGACAAGAACGGCCGCGACAUUGGCGAGUACCCGCUCGAGCAGUUUGCCACCCGAGCCGCCAAGCAGGCACAGCUCACAGCGCUCGAAAUUUUGCACCGGCGAUUUCUCCAGCGGAGGGAGUUUGCGCGGGACAGCGUGAAGGACGCGACGACAGGGGAGAUCACGCAGAUCACCAAGGAGGACAUCCAGGAGGAGACACAGAGACGACGGGACAUGUCGGCAAUCAGGAAGGAGCUCUACGGGGACAAGAUGGGCCCCUAUGCGACGGACCCGGAGUGGGAUGAUGUCGUACCCAUCCCUGCCGAGGAGCCCACCGGCGCGCUGGCCACGAUCGCUUACCCAGAGGACUACGCUGAGGGUAAAUAA